CUGUUUUUAAAUUUUCAGAGGUGGAGAUGAUCACAGAGCAGGAAACCACAUUCUGUUGUUCACAGUAUUGAACCCACAGUAUCCCAUCUCAGUGGAUGUGAUGCACUCCAUUUGCAGUCCCUAUGGACAGGUACAAAGGAUCGUCAUCUUUAAGAAAAAUGGAGUACAGGCAAUGGUGGAAUUUGACUCUGUGGACACAGCCAAAAGAGCAAAGCAAAACCUGAAUGGGGCGGACAUAUAUUCUGGAUGCUGUACCCUGAAAAUUGACUUUGCUAAGCCUACUCGUUUGAAUGUUUUUCGCAAUGAUAGCGAAAGCUGGGAUUAUACACAGCCCAUGCCUGAAAAAGACACUGGGUCUCAGCGUAACGGACCACUGCUAGCCGCUCCCAGAUACAACAAUGCACCGAUGCCAUACGAUGGGCGAUCAGGUGGUCCCCCGGGCCCUAACCAGGGCUAUGGUGGAGGCCCAGGACAGGGGUACCCAGCAGGUGGCCCCUCAGGAGGUUAUGGGGGCGGGGGCUACGGCCCUAACUACGGUGGGGGCUAUGAAGGGGGUGAUGGUUAUGGAACACCUAUGUCACCACGGCAACAGGGUUAUGACAACAGAGGAGACAGGUUUGCUGGAAAUCAGGGGCCACCAAUGCAGGACCGGGGAGGAUAUGGUCAUCCAAACAUGCCAUCCCAGGGUUACCAUGAUCAGGGACCCCCUCCCCCCGGGGCCAUGUUCCAGGGGUCGGUCCUGAUGGUGUAUGGACUGAAUCCAGACAUGAUCAACUGUGACAAGCUCUUCAAUCUGUUUUGUCUGUAUGGAAACAUUGUCAGGGUGAAGUUCUUGAAAAGCAAAGAGGGAUCAGCCAUGGUACAGCUGGGAGAUUCUCUGGCCGUGGAGAGAUGUAUGCAGAAUCUGAACUACAUCACAUUGUUUGGGAACAAGAUCACACUGGGACAUUCCAAGCAAGCUUUUCUACAAGAUGUGAUGAACCCUUAUGAGUUACCUGAUGGCACACCGUCAUUUAAAGACUUCAUGGGAAGUAGGAACAACAGAUUCGCAAACCCAGAGGCAGCCAGCAAAAAUCGGAUCAUGCCACCCUCCAAAGUACUACAUUACUUCAAUGUACCCCCAAACAUUUCUGAGGAACAACUCGCAGAGGUCUUUGAAACAGCAGGGGCAACAAAACCAUCAAAGAUAAAGCAGUUUGCAUCAAAAAGUGAGAGAAGUUCAUCCGGACUGCUCCAGUUUGAGUCCAAAUCGGAAGCCUUGGAGGCCCUCAUCCUGGCAAAUCAUUCCUCCAUUCCUAAUCCAGCUGGGAAAAGCCCAUAUGUGAUGAAGCUGUGCUUUUCUGGAGGUCCAAUCAAAGAAUGAAGAUAUUGAAUCUCGGAACAUUGUUUUCAUUAAUGUUUUAGAUGUAGUAACGUUGAUUUUGUCACUUGUUAGAUGUACAUAAACAUGUAGAUUAAAAACAAGGUGUGAAUUGACUAACGCAGCAACAAAACAUACAUUGUAUUCAUGUCAUAAAUACAAAAUGCUUUUAAUUAAAUUUUAUUGUGUGGAAUUAAAAAAAUAAUAAAAGAAUGUAAUGAA